CUAACUGCAGCCAGGCGGAGCAAAAAAUAUCUUUCAUUGCCGAGCAGCCCAGACUGGAGACGAGCUGAGGGGUACGGUGUGAAAGCGAACAGAUGUGAACCGGGCUGCGACGAGAGAACAAGCUGUAGUAAAGACGGAGAGCCUUCGUUUCUGCUAAUAUGUGGCAACCCGCGUCGGAGCGAUUGCAGCACUUUCAGACCAUGCUGAAGACCAAGCUUAAUGUGCUGACGCUGAGGAAGGAGCCGUUGCCCACGGUGAUCUUUCACGAGCCCGAGGCCAUUGAGCUCUGUUCCACCACACCACUCACAAAGAGCAGGACCCAUGCUGGAUACAAGGUGACCUACCUGGGUAAGGUGACUAUCUCUGGGACCCAGUUCCUGUCUGGCUGCACAGAGUCGGCGGUGGUCGGUCUUGUGGAGCGCCGUGCUCUUGCCCAGCAGAAGGGCAAUUGCCCCACAGGCAGUUCUCUGUUGGAGAUUCGGCCUUUUCAGGUGCGUCUUCACCACCUUGAUGAGCAUAGCGAGGCUUCAGUAACCAUGGACACCUACCAGGUCGCUCGGAUCGCUUACUGCACAGCUGACCACAGCAUCAGACCCAAUGUAUUUGCCUGGAUCUACCGGGAGAUCAACGAUGACCUGUCUUUCCAGAUGGACUGCCAUGCUGUAGAGUGUGAGAGCAAGCUGGAGGCCAAGAAGCUGGCACACUCAAUGAUGGAGGCUUUCCGGAAGACUUUCCACAGCAUGCGCAGCGACGGCCGCAUCCACAAGAGUGGCUCAUCAGAUGACUUUACGGAGGACUCAUCCACCCCUGAAGACUCAACCCCAGAUGAUGGUUGAACUGAAACUCACCUAAAAUCCUGAUCUCCAUCCAUGUCCAAGCAAAGGGUGAUUGGAAGGAUGGACAGAUAACCUGUUCUCUCUCAUUCUCUCCUAGUAUCUCUUUCUGUUAUCGGUUUGGACCAAAAUUAACUGACCCUGUGAACCAACAUGCCUAGGAUAAUGAAGUAGCUUUUAAAUACUGUAAAUGGAAAGUAGAUGGAAAAAGAGUUAUAAAAUAUGUGCAUUUUACAUAUGGGGAUAGCAAAGUGCUACCACUUUGAAUGGUCCUCAAAGACCCACAAGGGCCUUACAAGCACCUCUCUAAACACCCUCCAGAGACUGACUAACAUUUCCAUUUUCAAUCACUGUCAUUCCUGCACCCAGCAAAGACAAUGUUUGUGGUUCUUAAGCUUUUUCAUCCAGGAAACAAAGUGUAGUCCCUAUUCUUUUGACCCCAGCUAAUGAAAACUUGCUACUACUCUUGCCAUGUAGGGACCCAGCAGAAAUAGGCUUAUAGACCUAUUUUGGGUCCCAACCCAGAGUUUAUGAGACUGUUGGAGCACAUAAAUUCUUAAUGUUUAAUUAUGUGGAUGCCUUGGACCUUGGUAACAGCAAAUGAGGAUGUGAAAGAAAAGAUAAGCCUUUAAGCACUACUCAUGGUAAAUGGUCUUGUAUAGCGCCUUUCUACACAUUGAAGUGCACUCAAAGCACUUUACACUAUUGCCCCUUCAC